CCAUGAGUAAUCAAAAGCUGUGCUCCUGGCCUCAGUUCAGGGGUCAUUGCAAAACAAGUUGAUUUCUCAGUCUGGCUUACUUAGAGCAUUGCAUACUUCUAAAUUACUAGAAAGUUCUAUUUCUGUGUGUCUUCACCGUGUCUCAGGCAACUCUUGUUUGUCUUUGCACAUUCAUUUUAGGAAAGUGCGUAUUUAAUGUGAGUAAAUGGGGUGGAAACCUGUAACUUACUCGUGAAAAUUUCCUUAAAAGGCCACCAGAGACCACUUAUACCCGUAUUUCUGCAACAGAUAGAUACAGGCCAUUUGAUAAAUAUAGGCCCCUGAAUUUUGAUUAAGCGUCUUUCUGCUAUGUGAUUCUAAACAGAACUCCAGAUCUAAUAUAUGUGAUAAAAUCAAUUUGAGGGCUCUGGAUCUCAUAAAUCCUCUUAGCCUCCUUGGGCUUAACUACCACCUGAUCUUGGACAUGGUAAUCAGCUAGAAACACCCUGUCCAACCAGAGUAUUUCACGACCAAUCUACGUCAGUGCUUGGCCAUCAGUUGGCAAGUUUCAGGGUGAUCAAAUAUCAAAAGUGGACAUCAUGGAACAUGUGCUUUCGCCAAAGAAAAUCCCUUCUUAUUCCUCCUUAAAACCCAUACAUGAAGGUUCCAGAAUAAUUACAUUAUUAGCUGAUAAUCAUGUCAAGAGUGUUCAGGAAGAUAAAUAAUAUUAAUAAGGAACAAUAGCAAGUAAUUGACAUAUUUAAAAAGGGAAUAGUUUUCAGAGUAUUUUCCUGAUGAAGAAAUUGAAUUUUUUUUUCUUUUUCUGGAAAUUUGUCCCCAUGCUGUUUCUUUUUCUGAGUCAAUGAAUUUAUAUUUUUGCUUCUGAUUUACUCACACCCGAAAUAUUGUUUGUAUUAUAGCAAACUGAUCCCAUUUCAGUGUUAUUGCAUACUUGUGUGGAGCUUGUGUGGGAUAAAUGACAAUGAAGAGGAAGCCUUAGGAAGAGAAUAAAGGGCAAAGAAGGAUAUGUAUACUUCUGUUCUCUGCCUCACUCUGUAACUAGUGCUUGCCACUGGCUUUGGAGGAACUGGAUCUGAAAGCUGAAGGCUGAGGCUGAUGGACAGAGUAAAAAGAAACUUGAAACCAAAGGAACAGGGUGCUGAAUAGAUCAUCUGGACUCUUCAGCCAUUUUUGUGAGGAGCUACAACCCUAUAGAGGGGGUGUCAGUUGCUUUAAGGAGUACAGGAUGCACAGAACCAAAAAUUAAAGACAAGUAUAUGGUACCAUGAGGUUUGGGAUGAUGAGUUUUUAUCCUGGACCCCCAGCAUGUUUGAUGAGAUUAGAGAGAUCUCUCUUCCUCUAAGUGACAUCUGGGCCCCUGACAUCAUCAUUAAUGAGCUUGUGGACAUUGAAGGAUCACCCAACCUUCCGUAUGUCUAUGUGAACUCAUCUGGGACCAUUAAGAACUCUAAGCCUAUCCAGGUGGUCUCUACAUGCGGUUUAGAGACCUACACGUUUCCAUUUGACAUCCAGAACUGCAGCCUGACCUUCAGUAGUGUCCUGCACACAGUGCAAGAUGUCAACCUGGCCUUCCUCAGGAGCAGAGAAGACAUUAAGCAUGACAAGAAGGAAUUUUUGAACGACAGUGAGUGGGAACUUCUCUCUGUGUCCUCAACGUACAGCAUCCUGCAGAGCAGCGCUGGAGAUUUUGCCCAGAUUCAGUUUAAUGUGGUGAUUCGCAGGCGUCCGCUGGUCUAUGUUGUGAGCCUGCUGAUUCCCAGCAUCUUCCUAAUGCUUGUGGAUCUGGGGAGCUUCUACCUACCACCCACCUGCCGUAUCAGGAUUGUGUUCAAGAGCAGCGUGCUGGUGGGCUACACCGUCUUCAGGGUCAACAUGUCCGACGAGAUGCCAAGGAGCACACUGAGUACCCCUCUGAUUGGAGUCUUCUUCACGGUCUGCAUGGCCUUCCUGGUUAUCAGCUUAUUUAAGUCCAUCCUGCUGGUCAGAUUCCUCCAUGAUGAGUGGAGCCAUGGGCAGGAGUGGCCCCUCUUGUGCCUUCGAGGGGACACUGAUGCUGAUGGGCCUAGAAUGGAUCCCAGAGCCCAGCUUGCUGGGAUACCAGAGCCCCUGAUCUGUCGAGAGCACCAGGUGCAGCCAGGGAGCCUGAAGGAAGUCUGGUUCCAGCUUAAGUCCAUCAGCACCUACUUCCAAACCUGGGAGCAGGCGGACCGGCAGGGGGUUAAGUGGCUGGCCCUCCUGGAACGUUUUGACCGACUGCUCUUUCAAGCCUACGCCGUCAUGCUGGGCCUCUAUACCGUCACCCUGUGCUCCCUCUGGGCACUGUGGGGCAGCUCGUGAGCCCCGAAGCUGCUGCUCUCUCAGCACUUGGGGCAGGCUGGAGGGUUUUGUGGGCCGUGCGGAAGGGGCACGUGGGUUAAAAAGCUCCUCACCCCUUGUUGCCUCUUGGCCUUCAGUGCAGGUACUCACACCGGAGGAGGUACUGAAUGACCCAGGAUUAGGCAUUCAUGAUGAAAAUGCCCGGACAUCUCAGGGUAUACAGUGCAAAGGAAGCCUGCCUUCUUAUUCCACGUCACUCCCCCAGAGUGAGCACCAUUAGCAAUCUCUUUCAGAGCCUUUCUAGGUACAUCACAUACAUGUGUGUUUGGAGGGUUGUUUUUUCAAAUGAAAGAUCAUUUCACCCCCCAGGUCAUUCAGUCAGCCAUUCAGAAUGUUUACUGAGUGUCAAUUAAGUUCUAGGUGUUACGUUGGGCACACCAGAGAAUACAAAAUACGUCCGUCACAGAUCCUUCUUCCCUUGACUUGAUUCCCAAGGUCAACCUUGUACAGAGCAGAAUGCAAGAUUCGCACCUCAUCCGUGUCCUGAAGCUCUAGUUCCCACUGUCUCCCUUGAGCGCCUCUUCCCCUGCACUGUAUCACUGCUGGAGGGAAGCCGGGAGCCGACGUCUCAGACCCAGUCAACACAACACCUGGUCAGCACACACCAUGUGUAAGGCACCGAGCUGGGGGCCAGGCUUCAUGCAUGAACCUAGGGUUCCAGGAGAUUAUAAUCCACUGUCCUGUAUUCGUCAGCUAGGGCCGCUGUAACAAAACACCACAGACUCUGAGGCUUAAACAGAAAUGUCUUUUCUCACUGCUCUGGAGGCUGGAAGUCUGAGAUCAAGGUGUCAGCAGGGUUGGUUUCUUCGGCGGCCUCUGUCCUUGGCCCACAACUGGCUGACUGGUCCCUGCAUCCUCACGUGGCCUUCCCUCUGCGCACGUCCAUAUCUGUGUCCGAUUCCUCCUCUUAUACGGACACCAACUCUAUUGGAUUAGGGCCCACAUUAACAACCUCAUUUAACCUGAAUCACCUCUUUAAAGGCCCUACUCUGGAUACGCAUUCUGGGGCACUGGGGGUUAGGAUUUCCACAUGAAUUUGGGGUGGGUAACACAAUUCAGCCCAGACUACUUGCAUGACUGUGGACGCUUGGCCAGUCCAAAAUCUGCAGGUGGGCGGGGACCCAGGGAAUAGUUACAGUUUGAGUCCAAAGCAGAGGUGGGGGUGUCUGCUGGCAGAAUUCUCGCUUCUUCCAGGAAGCCAGUGUUUUACUCUUGAGGCUUUCAACUGAUUAGAUGAGGCCCACCCACAUUCUGGAGGGGAUCUGUCUUCCCGAAGUCUACUGAUUUAAAUGCUAAUCUCGUGUAAAAAAUACCUUCACAGAAGCAUCUAGAAUAAUGUUUGACCAAAUAUCUGGAUCCUUUGGCCCAGCCAAGUUCACACACAAAACUAACCAUCACAGUCCCAGUGGCCCCAUAGCUUCCCAUCUAUGCCCACAGACGCUUGUUAAGACAGAAGAGCCCUGAUCCCCGGGCACUCGGGUAACUCAUCAGCUUCUGGCUCUUACUCUCCAGGGGCCGAACCUGUACUGACUGGCUUACCUUACGGCAGUUCCCAUGGCCCCGUCACCUGAACUCAAAGGUUAGAGUUCAAGUCUCCCACACAUUUUCCUUCCUCUUAUUUUGACUUUCUUCAUUUCCCAUUGCUUCUUUUUACGGAGGCUUCGUCUAGGCCAGCUCACCUGCUUGCCAUUCCGUCCCAGGCUCUCCAGCUAGCUCACAUAUUCUUUUGUGUCACCAAAUCUGUGUGCCACUCCGUCUAAGGACCCUGCUCAAAACAGCCUUCCCCCACCUUCUUCACCCGAUCAUCCCAUGUCUCUGUCCCCUCUCUCUAGCUUUAGUUUUACCUUAUUCUAUAAGCUUCCCUCUUUGAACGUUUUAUGGCCUCCUGUGUGUGUGUGUGUGUGUGUGCAUCACUUGUCACACAGACCACAUACUCCUAGAGGAGUCCCCCUGUUUUCUGUUUUGGCUCCUCCGCCGUCUCUGCCCAGGUCCGCACAGAGUUUUGCUCGCCGCACCCCUGCAGCUGCUGUUGUAGAACCGCUCGUCCCAGCUCACUGCUGCUGUUGGACGCAGGUGUCGUGUGUCUUCCCAGGUCUGAGGGGAGAGUCUACCCGAGGUCAGACUCCCGGUGCUUCGGCGUCGCUCUGCCCUCUGUCAGGGUAGCCAUCGGGAGCUUGCUGUGUAGACCACGGUAGGCUGAGCGAGAACCAGCACUCCUAAUUCUACUGGCAGAGGACACAAAAGUCCAAAGCUGUUUGCUAGGAACUUUCUGCAGCGCUAAAAUUGCCUUUAAAAAAACCUGCACCCCCCAUCCCCCUAAAGAAAAAGAAUUUAAAUUCAAACAGCCUUUACCUGCAUCCUCCCGCUCUCAUUACCUCCCAGUUAGUGCUCAACGCCAAUUGUCCAUGAAAUUCCACUGCUGCUGUUAAUGAAAUGAGGAACAUAAGAAGUUUGUGAACAGGAAGUGUCCAUGCAACCCUCCACCUGUUUCCCUCCUCACUUCCUCCGUUCUACUCCUGGCCUCCUCUGUCUCCACCUGCUCCGUGAGCCUCUACGUUGAUCCCUAGAGCUCUCUUCACUUCCUUGGUUAUUAAAGGUGAAAAGGCCUGCCAUGAACUCCCCCUUGCGGAGUCUCCUUCCUCUCCAGCUGUCCUUGGAGAAAGCACCUGGUUUGGGUCCUGGCUCCAUCACUGUCUAGCCAGGGGACCCUGAGCUUAAUGUCUCAGAGCUUCAGUUACCCUGUUUGGCAUUGGGGUUGCUCAUACUUACUCUACCAAAUCACAGAACUUUGAGGAUCAGAACAAAGCAAUGUAUUUAACAGUACUUUGAAAAGUAGAUAAUACGUCACCAAAUAAAAAUAAGACCUGCCUGCU